AUGGAGUCCGAGGCGCCGACGGGCCUGGCGCAGGCGGCGGCUACCAAGCUGUCGGAGAAGGUGGGCGCGGCGCUGCAGGAGCCCCGGCGGCAGCGGCGCCUGGUGCUGGUCAUCGUGUGCGUUGUGCUCUUCCUGGACAACAUGCUGUACAUGGUUAUCGUGCCCAUCGUGCCGUACUACAUCGCCCACAUGCACCAGGGCAACAAGAGCUCCGACCAGAUCCCCGAGGUGAGGGCGCCCACCCCGCCGCCUCCCACUCCGGCCAAUGCCAGCUCCACCACGGCCAACACCUCAGAGCCACCGACCGGCGCGUGGCCCGCGGGGUCGACUCUAUGGCACCGCUAUCCCAGGGAUAGCGAGGACGUGAAGAUCGGGGUGCUCUUUGCCUCCAAAGCUAUCUUGCAGCUGCUGGUGAACCCCCUGAGCGGGACUUUCAUCGACCGCAUGAGCUACGACGUGCCGCUGCUCAUUGGCCUGGGCGUCUUGUUCGCUUCCACAGUGCUAUUCGCCUUCGCCGAGAACUACGCCACGCUGUUCGCCGCGCGCAGCCUGCAGGGCCUGGGCUCGGCCUUCGCGGACACGUCGGGCAUCGCCAUGAUCGCGGACAAGUACCCCGAGGAGCCCGAGCGCAGCCGCGCGCUGGGCGUGGCGCUGGCCUUCAUCAGCUUGGGCAGCCUGGUUGCGCCGCCCUUUGGGGGCAGCCUCUACGAGUUUGCGGGCAAGUGCAUGCCCUUCCUGGUGCUAGCUGCCGUGUCGCUGCUCGACGGGCUGCUGCUGCUGGCGGUGACCAAGCCCUUCUCGGCCGCCGCGCGGGCGCGGGCGAACAUGCCAGUGGGCACGCCCAUCCACCGCCUCAUGCUGGACCCCUACAUCGCGGUGGUGGCCGGCGCGCUCACCACCUGCAACAUCCCGCUGGCCUUCCUCGAGCCCACCAUCGCCACGUGGAUGGAGCACACGAUGGCGGCGUCCGAGUGGGAGAUGGGCAUGGCCUGGCUGCCCGCCUUCGUACCGCACGUGCUGGGCGUCUACCUCACCGUGCGCCUGGCAGCGCGCUACCCGCACCUGCAGUGGCUGUACGGCGCGCUCGGGCUGGCCCUGAUCGGCGUCAGCUCGUGCGUCGUGCCCGCCUGCCGCUCUUUCUGGCCGCUGGUGGCCUCGCUCUGCGUCCUCUGCUUCGGCAUCGCGCUGGUCGACACGGCGCUGCUGCCCACGCUCGCCUUCCUGGUGGACCUGCGCCACGUCUCAGUCUAUGGCAGCGUCUACGCCAUCGCCGACAUCUCCUAUUCAGUGGCCUAUGCGCUCGGGCCCAUCGUGGCGGGCCACAUAGUGCACUCUCUCGGCUUCCUGCCGCUCAGCCUCGGCAUGGGCCUGGCCAACCUGCUCUACGCGCCGGUCCUGCUGCUGCUGCGCAAAGUGAGCCUCCUCACCCGCUCGCGCUCCGAACGCGACGUGCUGCUAGACGAGCCGCCCCAGGGUUUGUACGAUGCCAUGCGCCUGCGUGAGCGCCCAGCGCUGGGCUCCGACGACGAGCUCCGCAGCCCGCCUGGUCCCUUUGGCGACGGCGAGGGCGACUCCAACGACUACUAUAGCCGCAGCUAGCAGCCCCCUUCCUCCUCUCGGCCACCCACUCCCUGAAUCGAAGUGGCGGCCCUGCAAGCGCACUGGCCGACUCAGACUCAGAGCCCGCCCCCUCCAGCCAGUACCCCAGCCCCUCCCCCGACUUGGCUUCCCUGUCCCAUUCCCUUCCGUGUGCCUUUGUGUGCCCCCUCUCCCUUUGGUCCAAAGGGGCAUAGAGCACUGAGAUAUGCGACGGGAAUGAGCUCCCUGUGGAGGUGAAGAGGCACGUCGGUCGCCACCUCAGGCCUCCUCUGUGUAGAGCCAUGCGUUCAUCUGUCCUUCCUUCCGUUUC